AUGGGGCAUGUGCAUGGGGCAUGGGGCAUGUGCAUGGGGCAUGGGGCAUGUGCAUGGGGCAUGGGGCAUGUGCAUGGGGCAUGGGGCAUGUGCAUGGGGCAUGGGGCAUGUGCAUGGGGCAUGGGGCAUGUGCAUGGGGCAUGGGGCAUGUGCAUGGGGCAUGGGGCAUGUGCAUGGGGCAUGGGGCAUGUGCAUGGGGCAUGGGGCAUGUGCAUGGGGCAUGGGGCAUGUGCAUGGGGCAUGGGGCAUGUGCAUGGGGCAUGGGGCAUGUGCAUGGGGCAUGGGGCAUGUGCAUGGGGCAUGGGGCAUGUGCAUGGGGCAUGGGGCAUGUGCAUGGGGCAUGGGGCAUGUGCAUGGGGCAUGGGGCAUGUGCAUGGGGCAUGGGGCAUGUGCAUGGGGCAUGGGGCAUGUGCAUGGGGCAUGGGGCAUGUGCAUGGGGCAUGGGGCAUGUGCAUGGGGCAUGGGGCAUGUGCAUGGGGCAUGGGGCAUGUGCAUGGGGCAUGGGGCAUGUGCAUGGGGCAUGGGGCAUGUGCAUGGGGCAUGGGGCAUGUGCAUGGGGCAUGGGGCAUGUGCAUGGGGCAUGGGGCAUGUGCAUGGGGCAUGGGGCAUGUGCAUGGGGCAUGGGGCAUGUGCAUGGGGCAUGGGGCAUGUGCAUGGGGCAUGGGGCAUGUGCAUGGGGCAUGGGGCAUGUGCAUGGGGCAUGGGGCAUGUGCAUGGGGCAUGGGGCAUGUGCAUGGGGCAUGGGGCAUGUGCAUGGGGCAUGGGGCAUGUGCAUGGGGCAUGGGGCAUGUGCAUGGGGCAUGGGGCAUGUGCAUGGGGCAUGGGGCAUGUGCAUGGGGCAUGGGGCAUGUGCAUGGGGCAUGGGGCAUGUGCAUGGGGCAUGGGGCAUGUGCAUGGGGCAUGGGGCAUGUGCAUGGGGCAUGGGGCAUGUGCAUGGGGCAUGGGGCAUGUGCAUGGGGCAUGGGGCAUGUGCAUGGGGCAUGGGGCAUGUGCAUGGGGCAUGGGGCAUGUGCAUGGGGCAUGGGGCAUGUGCAUGGGGCAUGGGGCAUGUGCAUGGGGCAUGGGGCAUGUGCAUGGGGCAUGGGGCAUGUGCAUGGGGCAUGGGGCAUGUGCAUGGGGCAUGGGGCAUGUGCAUGGGGCAUGGGGCAUGUGCAUGGGGCAUGGGGCAUGUGCAUGGGGCAUGGGGCAUGUGCAUGGGGCAUGGGGCAUGUGCAUGGGGCAUGGGGCAUGUGCAUGGGGCAUGGGGCAUGUGCAUGGGGCAUGGGGCAUGUGCAUGGGGCAUGGGGCAUGUGCAUGGGGCAUGGGGCAUGUGCAUGGGGCAUGGGGCAUGUGCAUGGGGCAUGGGGCAUGUGCAUGGGCAUGGGGCAUGUGCAUGGGGCAUGGGGCAUGUGCAUGGGGCAUGGGGCAUGUGCAUGGGGCAUGGGGCAUGUGCAUGGGGCAUGGGGCAUGUGCAUGGGGCAUGGGGCAUGUGCAUGGGCAUGGGGCAUGUGCAUGAUGUGCAUGGGGCAUGGGGCAUGUGCAUGGGGCAUGGGGCAUGUGCAUGGGGCAUGGGGCAUGUGCAUGGGGCAUGGGGCAUGUGCAUGGGGCAUGGGGCAUGUGCAUGGGGCAUGGGGCAUGUGCAUGGGGCAUGGGGCAUGUGCAUGGGGCAUGGGGCAUGUGCAUGGGGCAUGGGGCAUGUGCAUGGGGCAUGGGGCAUGUGCAUGGGGUAUGGGGCAUGCGCAUGGGGUAUGGGGCAUGUGCAUGGGGUAUGGGGGUGAAGAACGAGAACUUGUUGCUGUAGGAGUAGCAGCCAUGGUGGCUGGGGAGAAGAGGUAG